UUUCUUCUCCCCCAUCGACGUGCCCAUUCAAUUGUAAAAAUCUUGCUCAGUGCCCCCGUAUCAAUUAGUGUUUCCAGAUUAUUCUCCUCUCACUACAUAUUUCAUCUCAUCAACCAAGCCCAAGAUGAGCGUUUAUAAAUUCCUGAUGAUCUCUGUCGGCCUGUUAUCUUACAGCCCCCUCUCAGCGGCCAAAUCAUGCUACCAUGCAUUGGUGGACGUCAACCAGUGCACAGAUGCAGCAAGUAAGAUCCCCUACUCGGGGGAUGAUAAGAGCAUGAUGUUCACAUCAGAUAAACCAGAGAAUGUCCAAAGUGGAAGAUGCAGUGUCACUGUGGUUAGAGAAACACUUACUGACACAUCAGCUGUUGCCCCCAAGGCAGACAUAGAUGCUGCCAUCCAGACAAUACUAGGAUGUGCCCAACAUAGUGGCAUGACAGAGGUAUCAACUAAAGGCUCUUCGAUACUCGUUACAAUCCAUGCUGCAUAACUCAUCCCUGGCACAGACAUUUGAAACAUUUCUUUUCGUCUCUGGAACCAGAACACUCACAAGAGACUUGGGCCUUCAGACCAGUCCAUGCCCGUUCCCUCAUCAAAGACACUGUGAAGAAG